AUGGUGUAUUCCUUAUCAUUUGUUGUUUUCACAGUCGUCGGCGUCCUCUUUCAAUGGCUGCUCAAACUCUUUCAUCCGUCACAGGGGAAAGUACCCGAGAAGUCGAAAGUUCAGGAUGCCACUCGCAAAGCGCCGUAUCCAUGCAAGGCAAUUAAGGGCAAUCAAAAAUUCCGUAUCACUAUGGGAUUACGGAGACUAGACGAGUGGAAUUGGCUCACUGUUGAUAAAAAUUACUUGAAGGAGCACGAUGUCAGAGCAUCUCUGCUUCAAAACCAACGAAGUCAGGUUAUUCAGAGCCUCCCGGAGUCAAAGGCCGCUUGUGCCGAAGGCCUGGAGGUCGUGGCCGAAUUUCUCUGUGAAAGGUACCCGGAUAUGUUUCAUAUGGAAGAGGAACAGGACAUGAGGAAAAUCCUUAACAGCAAGACGGGCGAAAGCUUUGUGAUCGGCGAUGAAAACAGCGCAACAGACCCUCUUGAGACCGCGGUGCGUCUCGCCAUGGAAGACUUGAGUAUUCUUCUGAUGAACGAAGAAGGAGAAUACUACCUUGCAGCCAGUGCGACGCUCUUUCCAGUUGGGUGGACGGUUCAAGACCGCAUCGGAUGGACAAUUUCUCAAAUGCAUGGCCCGGUGCCGGAUUGGAAGGAUAAAAUCGGUCACUCUGUCAACAAGUUCUUCUGCCGACUUACCCCUGAAUCUCCAAUGGAACGGUCCAACUACUUUCUGGAAACCAAGGAGCCAGGUGAAGACUUGGGUGAUACACUUUUUCGACCAAUGGCGCUGAACGAGGAUCAGCCCGGUCUUUCGAUCGACAACAUUCUUCUUCGUCAGGAGCGUCAGACCUUUCGCAGACUGCCACGCACUGGAGCCCUCAUUUUUAGUGUCAAGACAACACUAAACACAUUCGACGAACUGCCCGUGGAACAACUACAGGCUCUCGCCACGGAAAUCCGCAGCUGGCCUGAGGAUAUGGCGAAGUACAAGGGACGCGACAUCUGGGGCCAACUUGUGUUGGACUAUUGCAUUCAACGAAGCAUUGUACCUGCCUGA